ACUGAUCGUCAGUUUCGAAAUAACAUCGCCUAGAAAUCGCCUAAUCCCCAAAAUACUUAACUUACACAUAACCGACAGCACUAUGCCCUCGCUCAAAACAUCAUACGAAGUUGGACUUGAUUUCCUAGAGUUUUUGGGGGAACGGAUAUCGAAAACGGACAAAAAUGAGCUUCGGAAGAUUUACAACUUAGAGUUUAAAAGGGAUGGAAGCACAGAACCCACAUUUGACAGUGUGAUCAAUGCCUUAAAAGUGUGUAAUAAAGCCAGCAUAAGACCUGGGAAAGUUAUUUUUCAUGGCAAACCAAGGGUGCGUGUGUACUACUGUGAUCAGUGGAAGUCUUUCACACAGCAGAAAACCAGCAAGGUAACCCCAGACUCUUCCCCAGCCACAGCAUCUUCUUCCUCCUCUCCUCCGACCACUAACCCUGUCCUGACCCCGAAGAGAAAACUCGCAUCAGAAAUCCUCCACAAACUCAGAGUGAAACGAGCUGAGCUCAUCAAAGACAAAGGAGGUGUUGAAAUAACAUCUGAUCCUAAGGGCACCAAAGGGAAGGUGAUGUUCAGUAUAGAGGGGCUUGGAAAGCUGUUUGUGGUGAAGUUUCAUAUCAUAAAUAAGGGCCAGAGCUGCGUCUACUUCAGCUACUACACAGCUCUGCACAGGAUGCGCUGCUUUACUUUAGUGGAUGAGAGGAGAGUAAAUCGUGUUUGCCCUCUUCUCCUGUGUCCAGGUGAGAGUUAUGAUGUGAAGGUACAUUACGAAGUGCACCAUAACGGGCACUUUCCAGCCACCAUGUACUUUGAGUUCUGCCCAGAGCCAGAGCCCCCAGGAACGGCUAAACCAUUCUGCAUCGUCCGGGAACUGGAGGCAGUGGUUCAGACCCAACUAGCUGCAGAACUAGGCCCAGAGAUCCCAUACAACCCCAAACAGAACAGACGACUCAGACAUAUGAACAGGAUUGUAGAAGAAGGGGUACCACCUGAGAGUUCAGUGAAACAUGCUCUGAAGCUUAUGGUAAAGCUGAAGGAGUAUACGUACCCAGCAUAUUUGAAGGAGUUGGCCAGACACAAACUGGAGGACUCUGAAAGCCUUUCCCCCUCAGUAAGACAGCAACUUCCCAGAGUGAGGCGUGUGUUGGAGGCUCAGCUGUGCAUGAAGUACUAUAAUGAGCGCUUCCACCUCCUCCUGCAUCUGGAGGAGAUUCAGAUGGAAGUGGAUAUCAAGAAGUAUGAUCUCCAUAACCAGGUCAUGACCCUUGACAAAGCAAACAAAAAGCUUCUCAUUCUCAAAGUUCCAGGGGUGGCAGAGAACAGACCAUCUGUACUGAGAGGAGAUCAACUAAAUGUAUGUGUAUCGACAGACAAGGACCAACCCAUCACUGUUUACAAUGGCUACGUCCAUCGAGUUGAGCUAGAGAGAGUUAAGCUCGGAUUCUCGAAGAAACUUCUCCAGAGGUUUCUUAAUAACAUGAAGUUUGACGUGGAGUUCAACAUUAAUCGCUUCCCCAUAAAGCUUCAGCACAGAGCAGUGGAACUCGCUGUUCAGCAUGGACUGGGAGAUGUGCUGUUCCCCUCUGAUAAUGGCAACAAAAACAAUACAUUGCCACACAUCAGAAUGUUCAACAAGUGUUUAGAGAACAACCCUGAGCAGAAGGCAGCAGUGCAGCACAUUGUGUUGGGCACGUCCAAACCAGCACCAUACUUAAUCUUUGGACCUCCUGGCACAGGCAAAACUGUCUCAUUAGUGGAAGCCAUAAUGCAGGUGAACAAGUCUGUUGUGAACGCCCACAUCCUGGCCUGUGCUCCCUCGAACAGUGCAUGCGAUCUGUUGUGUGAGAGGUUAUUAGGAUAUGUGGAUGCCCAUCACCUGUAUCGUCUCUAUGCCCCCAGUAGAGACCCUCGUACUCUACCAAAGAAACUGCUGAAACACAGUAACUGGAAUGAAGCUCAGGACAGCUUCUACCUCCCAUCUAGAAAAGAAAUAAUGGACUACAGAGUCAUCGUGGUUACCUCGGUCACCGCUGGAAGGCUUGUGUCAGGAGGCAUUGCUAAGGGUCACUUCACACACAUCUUUAUAGAUGAGGCUGGACAAGCUGUGGAGCCUGAGUGUAUCAUCGGGGUUGCGGGUUUGCUAGACCCUGUGAAGGGCCAGCUGGUUCUGGCUGGAGACCCACAGCAGCUGGGCCCUGUAUUGAGAUCUCCAUUGGCACAACUACAUGGACUGGGGCAAUCACUCCUAGAGAGGCUUAUGACACAGAACGCUCUCUAUCAGAAGCUCCAGGAUGGUGACCCUAGAUAUGACAGUCGCUUUGUCACUAAGCUUCUACGCAACUACAGGUCUCAUCCUGCCAUCCUCAAGAUACCCAACGAGCUUUUCUAUGAGAAUGAGCUGCAGGUGUUUGCGAACCAGAUGGAGCGAGAGGCCUUCUGUCGCUGGGAGCAUCUUCCUAAGAAGGGAUUUCCCGUGGUAUUCCAUGGAGUGAUGGGGAAAGAUGAAAGAGAGGCCAACAGUCCGUCAUUCUUCAACGUGACUGAGAUUGAGGUCAUCGUCAGCUACCUUAACAAACUCAAGCAAACGCAGGGCAAGAAGGGGCUUCCUAAACUUACCACCAAUGACAUCGGCAUUAUCGCCCCUUACAGGAAGCAGGUGGAGAAGGUUCGGAAAGCUCUGAACACUGUGUCAGAAUUGAGCCAGUGGAAAGAUAUCAAGGUGGGGUCAGUGGAAGAGUUCCAGGGUCAGGAGAGGAAAGUCAUCAUAGUGACCACCGUCCGCAGCAGCAUCAACUACGUCAAGAUGGACCAAGACUUCAACAUUGGCUUCCUCUCAAAUCACAAGAGGUUUAAUGUGGCCAUGACUAGAGCCAAAGCCCUGCUCAUUGUGGUGGGAAACCCAGUCAUACUAAGCAAGGACCCUACUUGGCAGAGGUUUAUCCAAUACUGUGAACAUGAGCAGGGCUACACUGGUUUUGACUACAAAGAUGCUGAAGGGGAAGAGGAUAUGGUCAAUCGGCUGGCAUCUUUAAAAAUCACUUCAGAUGAUAUGGAUGAGAGCCCUGUACAGCAGCAUGUGCACCCAGAGUGGAGAGGAGAACAAUGAGGACCAGACUAUCAAAAAUCAAUUUUGUGUGAACUUUCCCCUUUAAGAUACAACAGGAAAAAAUAUUUUUGAUAAGGAAGUACAGUAUUGUCAUCCACUAUGACUCAUCUUUACACAUUUAUAACAGCAACUAAAAAUGGCUAAGAAUAUUCUAUUGAUAAUUCAACCAGUGAAUGUAAUAUUACUGCUUUGAGUGAUUUUAGAAUACAAUAUGGAUUACAGAACACCAUUGCGAUAACUUUUAUUUCUUCAGUAGAUACUGCUAUACAGUAAAUAUAUCAUUAACACUUUGCCUUCCAUUGAAUUAGCUACAUAUUUCUAUAAACAUUUUAGAAAUAUCAAUAAAUACUGAAAUGAAUGUAAUGAACUUUUCGAAUCAAGUAUUACAAAGGAGAUGGUACACACCGUACGCAUGUAAAUUCAUCAUAAAUCAUACAUUUCAAUAUUAUUCUGUUUAAUUUGUUUACUUUGAACUGAAUUGAAUCUGAUGGUUUAAUUAUUUAAAAUGCCUUACAAAAGGUACACACCGCUCACAUAUAAAUUGAUCAUAUGUCAUGCAUUUCAAUAUUAAUCUGUUUUAUUUGUUUACUUUGAACUGAAUCUGAUUAGGUUUGUCCAUUUCAAAUGCCUUACAAAAGGUACACACCGCUCACAUAUAAAUUGAUCAUAUGUCUUGCAUUUCAAUAUUAAUCUGUUUUAUUUGUUUACUUGCUACUGAAUUGAACCUGAUUAGAUUUUACUUAUUUAAAAUGCUUCUUAGCACUUUAUUGGAAAGUUUUAGAUUUUCAAAAUGGAUAUUAAAAAAUUUAAAUGAAACUGUCUGUCAUCUGUUAUUACAAAUGUAUAAAUCAAUGUGAUUACAAAUGUUGGGAUUAUCUUUAGCUUUUGAGAUUGUUUUUGAUAAACCGUUUAUGUUUAAAGACAUUUUUAUUUCGUAAAUGUAACUUUUAGAAUAUUAUUAUUAUUUUUACCUUUCUCAUCUGAAACUCGCAGGAGGGCAAUAAAACAAGAAUUCAAUUUCACACAAAACAACAAAAAUAGAUUUUGGUUUUCGAAAAAAACAUUUUAUUAACAUAGGUUGGUUUUACAUCAUUCAAACAUUUACUACAACACUAGUCCCGUUUACAAAGCGUUGUUACUAUGAGCGCUCAUAAACUGGAUUAAUAAAUCAUAUUUAUUACUUCCAGAAAAAAGGAAGUGACCAUAUGAACACAGUAGAAGAUUGAUCUUAGAGCCCGAUGAAGAGCUCCAUAUGCCAAGACCGGUUGCUGUAGUAACCAGGAAUUUGAUCGUGGAGACAGCAAUGGAAACAGUUCUGUACUCACGUCUGAAUUUUCAGUGAACAAGGUUUUAUUAAUGAUUCCUCAAAUUAAUAAUAAUAAUGAAUAUGUUCCUUUUAUUUGCGAGUAGUAUUUUGUAAUUUUACUUUGUCUAUUGGGAUGUUACUUGUGCAUUGUAUUGUAGUCAGUGCAUUUCAGUACAUGUUUUAAUAAUGCCCUGUUUAAUAACUUAGAAUUCCAUGGCAUAAUGUUCCAAGUGUUUAAGAAUAACCUAGAUGGUUAGUUUAGCGCACUAUGUGCUACUUGCCAGACUUAGACAUGAAACAAUCCAAGGGGCCGUUCACACUGAACGAGCUCAUGCGUCUGUUUGCGCUGUUUUGUAAUUGUUUUUCUGUGUAAAUAUGCACUAGAUUGAUAAAUUAAACUUUGACCAUGUCACAGCGUCUUGUGCUAUGAGCGUAACAUUUUAAAAUAACUACGGGACCACUAACACAAUGCGUUUUUGCGGCCAUCCACACUGUUUUUCUAUGUGUACAUGCACUAUAUGGACGUCUUUAACUGUUUUGCUGCAUCCAACUGCUUUUUCACCAACCCAUGCAGAAGCGCUGCAUUUUUAAGACACUGUGUCAAGUUAAAAAGAAUGUCUGCUUGUAAAAUGCAUCUUGAAACACCUGCUUUCAGUUACAUUUGUUGCGCUGCAUUUGCUUUUUGUGUGCAAGAACGAGUUCCUUCAGAAUGGCGUUGUUUUUCACUUAUUCUUGAGAUAAGAGCCAAAAUAUAUCCCAGGUAAAAAAAAAGUCCAUGUUGAAAAUCAAGAAAUUCAUAAUACAAAUACUGAAAAAGGUACUCUACACUCUCAGGGCAUUAAUUACUUUAUUUCUAUAUAAUUGGAUUAGAAUUGUUUUAAAUCCAAGCUCUAUACUUGGAAGCACAUGUAAUUUAACCUGUCCUCCAUGAGAGGUCACAAUAUUAAACUGCUUUAUUAAAGUGUUUAAAAAUGCAACAUAUUCAUAAAUAUGAAAUGAAAGGUAGGGGAUCUGUAAGAUAUCAAAAAAUACAUAAAAGUAAAUUUAAAACUAUAUUUUCCAUAUAAAACUUAAGUUGUAAUUCAAAGUUGUGUCCUCACUUUUGGUCAACUCCGUCAGAUUUGUUUUAUAAUCCUGAAUAUAUCAGACAAGGUCUUUGUUGGCUAUAACUCUUAGUACUACUUCACUCCUCAUGGUGGAUGCAACAGUAGGACACGUAGUCUGGUAGGUUUUAUAUAUUUUUGUACAUUUUAAACACAAUGUUUAAGUCUCUGCGGUCACAGCUUGACUCUGUCAGCCCAUUGUGAUAAUUUCUGUUAAGAACUGUGGAAUCAUUUUGACAUUUUACUUUAGGUUAUACUGGCAGCUUUAACAGAGGAAAUAAUUACUAAGCUACCACAUGGCUAAGAUGGAAAAAGAUUUGAUUUUGUGAUUUAAUUCAACUCCGUCAGAACUUUCAGAAUAGUGAGAAAACAGAAAAAUAUGUAUAUAAUGUAGUUUCACUUAACUCCUUUACUGAACACUAUUAUUAGAUAAUUAAAGACUUAACACUCUUGUUGGAUGGCUCAAAUUAAAAUAGCAUGCUUUUUAGUGUGUCUGAUGGAGUUUAAAUAAAUUACAGCAAGAUGUAGUGCAAGUGAAUAAAUGUAAAUUUUCAGAUUUUUUUUUUUUUAUAAACAAUUGUUCACUUACAUGGUUUGUUAGCGGAGACCUUCGUCUACAAAUAUUUCCAUUUCACAUUAAUUGAGUAUUAAAAAUUUUUUAAACAUGUUUUGUCCCUUAUCUCAAGAAUCAGACAUAUGUUGUGCUGUGUCUUGAUUGUUUUAGUGCAAGAAUGUGUCCGUUCUGAACAGCCCCUUAAAAAACAAACAAAAAAACGUUCUGCUGUGUCUUGCUUUCGUUAAAAACAUGUUCAUUCUGAACGGCCCUAAUAACUCAAAAAAAUGCAUCUUUAGACACCUGUGUUCCGUUACAUGCGUUCUGUACAUUCACGCACAGUCUUGCAUUUUUUAGUGCAAGAACGCUUUCGUUCUGAACGACCCCUCAAAUUUUUAAAAACACAUCUCGAAACACCUGUGCUCAAUAAAACAUUUUUGAGCGGUGUCUAGCUUUUUGUAACGCAAUAACGUGUUUGGUCUGAAUGACCCUUUAGAAUAUUAUUCCAUUUAUUUUUUUCCUCACUGCAGUAAAUCUCAUGAAGAAACUUACAGGUCAUAUUUCACCCCAAAAUCAAAAUAAAUAAAAUAGUUACUACUUUAAUGCAAAAUGCCAUUUUUAUGGUAAGGACCAUUAAUGUUUUCUUUGUGAUGUUAUUUUCAAGACAAUUAGACACAUUUGUCACCCAAAAUCUCAUUGUAGUUAAGCAAAACAAAACAAAAAUGUAAUUAUGUAAUACAGUACAGUAUGUGCAUAAGUGUCAUCAAAUUUGUUGAAAAAAAAAAAUGCCAAAAAAUCAAAAUGGUAAUUAAAAUAGGAUUCAUUUUCUUUCAGUAAAAUACAAGGUUUUUCUUUUGCUCAUGGGAUGAAGAAUGACCUGGAUAUUUUUUGACAAUUUCGGGGAUUCACCAUCUUAUUUUACAGUAGAAGUCGAGAGAAACAAGAGCUACACCAUGCUUAUGAGUUCACCAAUCGGAAACAGUCAACAAAGACAGCAAACACAGAGCAGAUUUAUGUGGCAUUACUAACUUAGCUCAGGCCAAACAUUUCAUGGCACCAGCAGAGGACAGAAUAGGAAAUGCUGUUUAUGGUACAUACAACACCAGUUUAAAGCUACAGAUCUUCAUCUAGACAGUGAAAAAUGCAACUCUGCACAAAUUAGCUAUGGUUUUAUUACUAGAGUCGAGUAAGCUAUGGCCCGAAAAUAUGAUAACUAGCAUGCACGAACACUGAUCAUAUGAUAAAAUACAUGUGUGCACAAAAACGUUCAUCUGGCCAAGCUCAACAUUACCCAACCCUUGCUCCUCAACCCAUUUGCAUUAACAGACUGAUGACUAAAGGCACAUGUUUCUGUGGGAACUGGGAAGGCACUCUAGGCCUCCUCUUACUAGCCAAACAAACCUCAUUAAAGGAAAAAAAUAGCUCAAACUAAAAUUUUAAUUCUGUCAUUAUUAAUUCAACCUUCCAAACCUGAAUGCCGUUAUUUAUUUAUUUUUCGAUUGAAUAUAAAAUUCGAAUUUUGAAAUCGAAUGCGCAUCGAAUUUCAAAAACCCAUGUCGACAUGUUGUGCCACGUUUGGGUUUGUGUCAUAACUGAAAGCAACAUGCCAGUUUAAAUUUGUGUACAUUUCAACCUAGCAUACCACUUGAGAAGUCAUAUCGAAUACUUUUAUGCCAUUUUGGCUAUUUUUGGAGCUGGUUACUAUGAAUUGUAAGAAAAAGCUACCGUAAGAUUCUUCAGAUAGAAAAAUCUCCUUUCUGUUUUAUGCAAAUAAACAAAUACGCAAUGUAACGAUUUAAGGGUUCCAAUGUGUAAAUAAUGACUUUGGCUGAAUUAUUGAUUUAAAUGAAUAUUAGAUUGCUGAUGGUCACCAGUUUGUGUAUUUAUUUGACAUUUCUCGGUACUAGAAAGAUUUAGAGGUGAUCUCAUCUGAAUAUUUGUAUUUUUUUCCCCUAUUAACAAUACUUGAGCAUGUGUCCUUUAAGCCAGCUAAUGUCAGGACAAUGCAGUCAGAUUAGGUGAUAGUUCUCUGGGCGGAUAUCCGGGGCAGGUUCAACCAGUUUAGUAUCUACAGAGUACUGCCAAUGUGUACAUAUGCAUGUUUAUGCCUGUAUGGAGGACGAAUAGGAUAACACAAAUGAAAGAUUUCACACUCCCAUCUGGUUUUGUGACUGGGGUAUCACAUUAUAUAUAUAUAUAUGUGCUGUAAUUUGUGAUUCUUAGGGAACAAAGAGUCCUACGCUAUAAAUAUAGCCAAUAAUAAUAAUAAUAAUAGAGAUUUUGCAUUUUUAAAUAUAUUUAAUAGGCUCAUAAAUGUUUUUGAAAAAAAAAGUACAGUCCGAGAGUUCAAAACUAGCACUUUGCAAAGUACAUUCAAAUUCUGGAGGGAGCGUUCACAAAGGCACUGAUUCCAUCACUAAAUUGUGUGCUCUUUUUCUAUUCUGUUAUUUUAAUUUA